AUGGACGCCACCCAGUUAGCUCAGCUUGAGGGCUACUGCAACAGCAUGUUCAACGCCACUUCACAGGCGGAGCGCGCGCAGGCGCACCAGGCGCUGCUGCCGCUGACGCAGAACCCACAGUGCGUGCCACAGCUGCAGUUCGUGCUGGCCCAUACCUCGAACCCCCACGCGCUGAUCUUCUCUGCGACGGCCCUGACGAAGCUCGUCACGUCGCACUGGACGACGGUGUCGGACCGGCAGAAGGAAGAGAUGAGGACCUUCCUUUUCGACUAUCUCGCAAAGAACGGCCCCGACCUCUACCGCAGCGCCGCCAUGGCGGUGUCGCCCGUCGUGCGCCUCUUGUGCCGGGUCAUCAAGCUCGCGUGGCUCGAGGGACCGCAGUACCAGAACGUGACAGACCGGGUCGGUCAGUUUCUGCAGUCUUCUCCGUUGCACUGGGUCCUCGGCUUGCAGAUUUACACGGACCUCACCACUGACAUGCAACCGUCCGUGGGCCUCUCGAUGUCGCGCUUCCGCCGCACGGCGCUGAGCUUCCGGGACACAGCGCUGCCGUCCAUCUUCACCAUAGCGCUCCAGACCCUGCAGCAGCUCGUGAGCGGCUCCAUUGCUAUUCCGGACAAGAACGACGAGCGGAGGCUGAUGAAGCAGGUCUUGCAGCUGGCGUGCAACUGCUUGUCCUUCGACUUCAUGGGCACGAUCCCUGACGAGACGUCGGAUGAGCAGAGCACCGUCAUGGUGCCCCACAGCUGGAACAUGCUCAGGGACGAGGGCAUCCCGAAGCUGUUCUUCGACCUCUACUCCAGGAGCUGCAGCGCGCAGCUUCCCGAGUGCGCCCAGCUGUCCUUGAUGACCCUGGUGAUGCUGUCCGCCCUGCGGCGCUCCUUCUUCCAGAAGGAGGAGGACCGCCACACAUUGCUGGCCAGCAUGAUGCAGGGAACCACGGGCCUGCUUGCUUCCAAGAUGGGGCUGCAGGACCACAAUUGCUACCACGAGAUGUGCAGGCUCCUCGGCAAGAUCAACGCGACGCACCAGCUCAACGAGCUGUGCGCAUCCGCGGACUUCCAGAUCUGGAUCGAGCAGGUCUACAGCUUCACCAUGGACAGCCUCAGGAACUGGGAGCGGAUGCCGAACUCCAAGCACUAUUUGCUCAGCUUCUGGGCCUCCAUGGUCAGCCCCGUGAUCCUGCUCCAGGACAAGGCGCCGAAACAGCUCGAGACCUACAUCCAACAGGUCACUGUCGCCUACGUGGAGUCGAGGCUGUUCAUGGCCGAGGCGUCCGCGGACCCGACCAAUUCGCCGGAUUGGGACGAUCCAUUGCAGGACGAGGUCCUUCGCACCGAGCAGCUGGAGGUCCUCUCGAACCUCGGGCGGUGUCGCUACCAGGACACGGCGCAGUGCAUCAUGAAGCACUUCGAGGAGAUCUCGCGAGUGGGCCAGGCCGGCGGAGUGCCGCAGGCCGUCUUCGAGAAGAAGAUGACCUGGCUGGUCUACAUGAUGGGUGCGCUGGUCGGCGGGCACGCAUCCGCGAAGACGAACCGGGCAGACACGGACGGCGCGCCCACGCAUGUCGUGAACGGAGAGCUGGCCGGCCGCGUGUUCCGCCUCGUGAACCUGACGGACGCGCAGACGACCUUCUCGGAGGAGCUGGAGCUGUCGUACAUGUACUUCCUGGAGCAGUUCCGGAAGGUCUAUAUCGGUGAGCACGCCAAGCAGGUGGUCCAGCAGCAGGUUAGCGAGCGCCUCGCAACUGUCCUCGGCCUCGAGGACGAGAACGCAGUUCUCGGCCUGCUGAUCAAGAAGAUUGGCAAAAACUUGCAGUCGCGAUUCACUCUCGAGGCUGUGUUGAAGAAGACGCUGUCUCUUUUCCACGACCUCGCCGCAGGCAUUAACAUUGUGCACACCGCGGACCGCUCUCCUCACCUCAUUGUCUCUGGGAGGCUCCUCCUGAAGAACGACAUGGUGAAGUACAUUUUGAGUAACCACGCCUCUCCUGAGUUCGGCUUCCUGACCUUCGGGAUUAAGUACGGGAAGUACCGCACCAUGUACUACCACACGCUGGGGAAGCUCCUGUUCACAGACAUCAGGGACAAGCGGGACAUGUUCGAGAAGUUCAUGGAGCCGCAGGCCAUGGUCAUCAACACGCUCUUUCAGCAGAGCUGCCAGGGUACGCAGGCACUUCGACAGGAAAGCUGCAAGGGCCCGCUGAUAGGCCUUUGCAGGGACCUCCGCGGCAUCGGGCUGGCGUGCACCAGCUACGAGCCCUACUCGAUGCUGUUCGACUGGCUGGUGGACAACCCGAAGAACCCCACCACCUCCAGGGUAACUCUCUUCUCGCGCGCGCUGGACGCGUGGUGGGACGACCCCGAGGUGACGACGCCGCUGCUGAAAUUUGUGGCGGAGUUCGUCCACAACAAGGCACAGCGGAUCGCCUUCGACCAGUCCUCUCCGAACGGCAUACUGCUCUUUCGGGAGGCCUCAACGAUCUUGGUGACGUACGGGACUCGCAUCCUUCAGCGGACGCAGUUCAGGGACCUGUACGUCGAGAAGUACAAGGGCAUCGGCGUGUCGCUGGACAUGUUCUCGCACGCACUGCACGGGAACUACACCAACUUCGGGGUUUUCGAGCUCUACGCCGACAGCUCCCUGUCCAACUCGAUGGCCCUGGCGCUGCGCAUGUGUCUGGCCAUCCCGCUUCCCGAGCUUAGCGCUUUCCUCAAGGCCCUCAAGCCGUACUACUUCUUCCUGGAGCUCGCGACUCGGAGCCACAUGGCCAAGGUCAUGGAAUUGGAGCCCGCCAUGCUGACCACCAUCGUCCAGAGUGUGGAGGAGGGGCUCCUCUCCUUCGAGACGGGCGUCUCCAUGCAGAGCUGUGCCACCGUGGACAACAUGAUCUCCUUCUUCCACACGCAGCUCGGGGGAAAGCCGACGCCGGAGCAGGAGCGGGUGCGCCGCUUCCUGGGGGAGGCGCCACAGUGUUUCCAGAAGAUUUUGCACCUCAUGUUCCAGCUGGUCAUGACAGGGGAGUUCAGCUCGACUUGGUCUAUCAGCCGCCCGCUUCUUGGGUUGGUGCUGCUGCACGAGCAGUACUUUCUGCAGCUGAAGGAGCAGCUCGUCAGCAGCCAGAUCGAGGAGCGGCGGCCGAAGCUUCGGGGCUACUUCGACGACUUGAUGGCGGGCGUCGAGAACAACCUCAACACCAAGAACAAGGACCACUUCACCCGAAACCUCUACAACUUUGCGCAGGUGGUCCGGACGCUGACCUGA